AUGCCCACAACAAUCGCAGAACGACAAACACUUACCGAUGGAUUCGUUCAGGUGCGAGCGGCUCAGAGCAUCCGCAUGGCAUGUUUCGGACACAGGAUUGGAAUGGCUGGUGAGCCUGGACAACAAUCACCAGCCGUUCAAGACGCGUUCAACAUAUUGAGCCCUCAGGGUUUGUUCUUCGCAACGCCGACUUGCUCACGACUCCUCGCCGUACCACCUUCCCAAGUCGAAUAUCAUGGCAUCUCAAGUCUGCCAGCAUUGCAUCCUCUCGCAGCCUUCGCAUAG